AAACCAUAACUAAACAUUCUUCAAUAUAUUCUACCUUGCUUUAAUUUCUUUCAUUAAAUUUUCUAUUUCUUCAACAAAUUAAUAUUCAUAAGCUUAAUUUGAGAUUUAAUUUCUAGACAUAUUUCAGUCAAUAUAUAUAAUGGAGAGAACACAAUCAUCACUUCUACAAAUUCAGCCUCCCACUUAUGGAAAUUUGGUGACUAUUUUAAGCAUUGAUGGUGGCGGUAUUAGGGGCAUUAUUCCCGCAACUAUUCUCGAGUUCCUUGAAUCACAACUUCAAGAAUUGGAUGGUGAAUCUGCAAGGCUUGCUGAUUACUUUGAUGUGAUCACAGGUACAAGCACAGGUGGUCUUGUAACUGCAAUGCUAAGCGCUCCAAAUGAUAAACAACGACCUCUUUUUGCCGCGAAAGAUAUCAAGCCUUUUUACUUGGAACAUUGUCCAAACAUUUUCCCACAACACAAGCAUUUGGGAUCGAUCGGGAAAUUAUUCAGAUCAUUAGCAGGACCAAAAUAUGAUGGAAAAUACCUUCACAAUGUGGUGAGGGAGAAGUUAGGGGAAAUUCGUGUCCACGAGACGUUAACUAAUAUUGUGAUUCCUACAUUUGACAUAAAGACAAUGCAACCAACUAUUUUCUCAUCUUAUAAGAUCAAGAAAAAUCCUUGCAUGGAUGCUCGACUCUCUGAUAUAUGCAUCAGCACCUCUGCUGCACCUACUUAUCUUCCUGGUUACAACUUCAAGAACCAAGACACAGAAGGCAACACACAUGAAUUCAACCUUGUUGAUGGCGGAGUUUGUGCAAAUAAUCCGACUUUAGUGGCCGUGAAUGAAGUAACAAAACAGAUAAUUAAUCAGAAUAAUGACUUUUACGCCAUCAAGCCUAUGGAAUAUAGUCGUUUCUUGAUAAUCUCACUAGGAACUGGAACACCUAAAAAUGAACAAAAAUUUACUGCAAAAAUGGCAGCAAAAUGGGGUCUAUUGGAUUGGUUAACUCAUGGUGGUUCCACUCCCUUAAUUGAUGUGUUUAGUCAAUCAUCAGGAGAUAUGGUUGAUUUUCAUCUUGCAACCAUCACUCAAGCACUUAAUUCACAACAUAAUUACCUUAGAAUACAGGAUGAUACAUUGACUGGUAUAAGUUCUUCUGUUGAUAUUGCCACAAAAGAUAAUUUAGAAAAACUUUGCCAAAUUGGUGACAAGUUGUUGAAGAAACCAGUUUCUAAGGUUAAUUUAGAGACCGGUGUGUUUGAGCCCAUCAAAAAAGGGGAAACUAAUGAAGAUGCUCUCAAAAGGUUCGCUAAAAUACUUUCACAAGAGAGGAGACUCCGAGAGUUGAAAUCGCCUCACACUAAUAAAAUCUUAAUCUAGAGAGACAUUUAUAACAUUUUUUUAGACUUUUAAUGUAAUUUUAUAAAAUUUGUUGAUUUCAUUUAUUUUUAGAGUAUAUUGACAUAAAGAAAAAAUGUAAUUGUUUAUUCAUUAACUGUAUGAAUUUAUUUAUAUAUAAAGUUUAUUUACAAUAACGAUUUCGUCCAGAUCCACCAAAAUAGAAUACAGGAUAUUGUCCAUAAUGAACAUCAUUGAGAGCACUAUAACAAUAUGGUUCAGCAGCAAAUGUAGUAACAUAUGCAGGGUAUUUUAGACUUUUUGAAUAAUCCUUAAUUCUCACAUCAGUCAUGUAACAUGCAAAUCCAAAUUUAUCACUUGCUUCU